AUGUUGCACCUUGUUGAAAAGCAAGUAGUUGAUUUUGAGCUUCCAAAUAGGGAGACUCAUUCCUUUGUGAAUGUUGACGAGGUAAUCGGAAGGGAAGAUGAGAAAAGGGUAAUAGUUGAUCGUCUACUAGAGGUUCGAGAAAAUGUUUGUGUGAUUCCUAUAGUUGGUAUUGGGGGGCUUGGCAAAACAACACUUGCACAACUGGUUUAUAAUGAGGACAGGGUUAAGAAACAUUUUGAUCUGAGAAUUUGGGUGUUCGUUUCGCAUAUUUUUAAUGUGAAACUCAUUGUGGAAAAGAUGAUAGAAUCUAUCACUGGUAUGAAACCUCAAAGCCUCCAUUUUGACAGGUUGCAAGACCAACUUAGAAAGGAAAUUGAUGGUAAGAAGUACCUCCUUGUUUUGGAUGAUAUGUGGAAUGAAAAUCGCGAAUCUUGGUUGAAAUUGCAGGAUCUUUUGAUUGGUGGUGCUAGAGGGAGUAAAGUAUUGAUGACCACUCGAUCAGGAUUAGUUGCAGCAGCUAUGGGUACUGCUCCACCAUGUAAUCUAAAAGGUCUGCCUGAAGACAUGUCUUGGUCCCUGUUUAGUAAAUUAGCAUUUAAGCCCGGCAAAGAAAUAAAUUCAUCUCUAGUGGCAAUUGGAAAGGAAAUACUGAGAAAAUGUGCUGGUGUUCCUUUGGCAAUAAGGAUCUUAGGGAGCUUUUUGUAUUAUAAAGAGACUGAAGCUGAAUGGUUGUAUGUCAAAAAUCAUCAAAUCACAGACAUGGCGGAAAGUGCAGAUAUUGAAUUUUGCCAGUUUUAUUGUUCAAUAUUCCAAAAGAAUCAGACCAUUAGCAAGAAAACCUUGAUUCAGUUAUGGAUAGCCCAAGGUUUUAUCAGAUCAAAUGAUGAGGAAAAUGAAUGUCAAGAGGAUGUUGGAGAACGUUACUUCAUGGGUCUACUGAGAAGGUCCUUUUUUCAGGAUGUUAAAGAGCGGUUGGGCGAUAUCAUCAGCUGCAAAAUGCAUGAUCUGAUUCAUGAUCUAGCAAAAAUGGUUGCAGAGAAUGAGACUUCGCUGCUAACUUCUGCAGGAAAUAAAUCUAGUGUUAAUAUUUGCCAUUUGUCAGUUGGUCCUGUUCACGAUUCAGCAUGGGAGCUCCCUCACUCCUUGCUCAAAGAAAAAAAUUUGCGCACGUUUUUUAUGCCAAUUACAUCAAGGGAUUACCUGGAAUCGGGAAGAUUUAUUGGGUCCGAGAAACAAAGUAAAUCAGUUGUGGAUGCAGUUAUAUCGAAUUUCAGGAGCCUAAGAGUAUUGGAUCUACAUGGCUUGGGAAUCAAUGAAGUGCCAGGUUCUGUGAGCAUGUUGAAGCAUCUAAGGUACAUCGACCUAUCUGAUAAUAAUUUUGUGACACUUCCAAAAUCAAUGAGCAAACUGCUGAAUUUGCAAACUCUGAAGCUGUCUUAUUGUUUUGAGCUUUGUGAACUGCCAGAAAAUAUUCACAAAAUGGUAAACAUCCGACAUCUAGAGCUUGAUGGUUGUUUGAAUUUGUCCAAAAUGCCAUGUGGGAUUGGACAAUUAACUGCUCUUAGGACUUUAUCGCAGUUUGUGAUAGGUCAAGAAACCUCUAUGAGUUCUAAAGUCAAUGCAGUGUUAACCGACUUGAAUGGUCUUGUCAAGCUAAGAGGAAAAUUAACACUUAGAAAUUUGGGCUGCAUAGAGUGUUUAUGUCCUAAAAUUGAUGAUGCUGUUUUGAAGAACAAGGAAUACUUGCAAUCACUGAGAUUAGAAUGGACAGACGAAGCUGUCAGUGAUGAAUAUGAUGAGCUGUUAUUGGAAGGCCUUCAGCCACAUGAAAAUUUGAAGGUACUUUUCAUAGAAAGAUACGGAGGUCAAAGUUUCCCAAAAUGGAUGAUGGUUGGCUUGCACUCAUCACUACCAAAGUUAACAAAACUUACUCUGAAGAAUCUGAAAAUAUGCAAAAGUCUUCCACCAUUUGGGUGUCUUCCUUCUCUCCAAUCCCUUAAACUUGAGAAUUUGACCUUGCUAGAGUACAUUGAACAUACUUCCAAUGAUGGAUCUCAAUUUGGAAUGUAUUUCCCAUCGUUGAAAGAAUUGAAACUCUGUAACUUGCCUUGCUUGAAAGGAUGGUGGAAAAAAGAAGUAAUGGCUGGUAGUGAAUCAUCGUCAUUUCCUGACCGGCUCCUACUUUCAUCAUUUCCUUCACUCUUCAAGCUGACCAUCCAAGAUUGCCUUAUGCUUGAGUUCAUUCCACGUCUCGAGGAAUUGAACUUGAUCAGAGUUAGCAAUAAACUUUUGCAACAACUAAUGAUGCUUCUGGAAACAACAUUGUCUGCAAAUUGUUCAUCUUUCCUUGCUGUCUCUAAAUUGAAAUCAUUGUACAUAUUUGAUGUGAGAGAGUUAUUCCUUUUACCAGAGGGAUUGCAAAAUUUGAGUCUGCUUGAACACUUGGAAAUCAAUGGUUGUCCUAACCUAUUGAGUUUGCCAAUAGAAGGAAUGUGA